AUUUGUUCGUCUCCUUCCUUCUUGGCUGCAUUUCUCCACCUUCCUCCCACCAUUCCGCCUCAAAUUCACUCAAGUCUUUCCUUUCUCUCUUUUGCUUACAACUGAUACCCUUCCAUAGGCAUUUCCAGAUCUUACACUCGCUUUAUAAACAACUUACAAUCGCGAUCAACGCAGAGAUCGAUCUCACAACAAUUCAAAUAUGGCACCCAUUCCACGUCUCGCCGCUGGCCCCUUAUCCAUCAUCACAGGCGCCCUCAUUGGGGCUUUUUCCAGCCCCAAUAGUACUCCUCCAUCGGACGGCACCAACGCCACUGUAUGGGGAACAGAGUACAGAGGUUCUGCCUCGUUCUUAAACCUCACUCUUGAGAGUACACCUGUUUCUUCACCCACUUCGACAACCUCAUCAUCCUCUUUGCCUUCGCCCACCACGCCUACUAGCGGCCCUAGUUCCCCAACAAGCCCUUCACUCGUGUUCUUUGGUGACAAGCCGGAUACGUUCAUCGGCUGUAACAACCGAACUUUCAUUUCCUCCGACAAUGUUGCGCUCAUGAAUCCUCUCCAGUUUGGUGAUAUUUCCUCUCAGAAUACGACUUGCGGUGAAUGGAUCCAGAUCCAGAACCGUGAGAACAAUGAGCAAUCGACUCUUGCUCAGAUUGCCGGUGUCUGCGACGAUUGUGAAUAUGGAUCAGUCUCGUUGAGCUUGGGAGCCUUGGAAGAAUUAGUGAUCUCCAAGCUGCCAUGGGAUCAGAUCAAGUUUGAUCCCACAGCCGAGUUGACGAUUGCUAACCUGACUGAUCCUAUGCAGCCCUUGCCCGCGGCCACAACUGUGAUCUCGCCCAAGAACCUGGCUAAAAUUUCAUGGAAGUUGACGGAUGCUCCGGCCCCCAAGGUUCCUGCGGCCAUCUCCUCUGCUCCAACCCCAACAGCCACCUCAACUUCAACUACGACUACUAGUACUAAAAAGGCCGAAGAACCCAAGCCUACAAAGCCAGCUCCAUCUCCAGCUCCAUCCAAGAAACCUGAUCCCCCUGCUCCUAAGCCUAGCGGAAAGCAGUUCACUGGCAGAGCUACCUGGUACUCGGACACUUUCGGACAAUGCGAGGAAUCUUACUCUCAAUCUGAUCUGAUUGUUGCUGUUAAUGAAGCCCAAAUGGGACGUGGAAAGGACUUGUGUGGUAAAAAGCUUCUGGUGACUGCCAAGGGAUCUGAUGUUCAGGUGGUGGUCAAGGUUGUUGAUAUGUGCCCUAGCGAGCACUGCGACUUUGGAGCCCUUGAUCUCUCUCAAGCUGCCUUUAAGAAAUUUGCAGAUCUCAACGUUGGUGUCCUCCAGCUUACAUGGAGUUUCCUUUAAUUAACUAUAUAACAAACUAAGCCUAAUAAGCUUAACUCAAUCCCCCUUUUCCUUUUAAUCGUUCUUACCUUUCAUUCGAAUAGCAUUUUCAUAAUAUUCCAACCUUGUAAAUAGACUUUCUUUUGAUUAACUCUUUUCAUCCCUAAUAUCAUUUUGCAUCCUCAUUUCAUAUCUCAUAUCUCAUACUUCAUUUUUCAUGCGCACAAACACAAUAAAAU